AUGUUGCACUUGUCGAAGCUGGCCUCGGGCUCCGGCGACAGCGCAGCACAGGUUGCAUUCGCGCAAUCAGAUGAGACAGUUCUGAGGGCAGCUUUGACAGAGGAGCUGGGCCUCGAUGUGCCACUCAGUCGAGAUUCUCAGGGCAACUUUCGCGUGGAUUUGAGCGGCUUUGAGGGAGGAGAGAGUACGACAGUGCGCAAAGCAUUGGAGCGUUCCUUCGAAGUCGUAGAGGUGCCGGUGGCCAGCAGUGGUGCAAAGGUGGCCUCGCAGACUUGCGGUGUUCAUGAAGGCAUGCUGGUCUUGAAGACGCCGCGUUGGUUCGCCAGUCGCGCAGCGGCACGGUCGUAUCUACAAAGCUAUGUGCCUGCUGGUGCUAAAUUGCAGUUAGUGGUGCCACUUCGUGAUGGCAUCCGCUUUGACGUGCGCUGCACCGCAGAAGAGUGGAAAGCGUUUACAGCGGAGGUGAGCGUGGUGGGGGCUCUACGUUCGGUGGAAGCAGGAGAGAAAGAGCGUGAGGUUGCGGUGCCACUUCGACCUCGAGAAGCGGAAGCAGUGCAAGGCGACAUGAGGUGCGAUGAGGAGUGUCUAUGCAUGGUGGUCUGGAUGUCCAGCCAGCUGUUGGAUCGGUGCGGGCGCAGGCGCGCCGUCGGGUUGGGGUGCGGUAGGUCUGCGGAGGAGCUGAUGCGCAUGGAAGAGUAG